AUGUGCUUUCCUCUAACUUCGCUGAAACCGGCGUUAACGAGUGAAGAGAUGCUUAUAACAGACACGACGGUGACGAAACGAGAAGGUGGGGGUGGGAAAAGGAAGUUAAAAAAUGUAGAUACUGCCAUGCUGUUUUGGUGGCACUGUGCUUUGGAUCUGUGGGUGGUUUUAGAGAGGAAUGGGGAUUUGAGGAGGUUUUGUAACAGCAAAAUGGAUAACAAAUAUUUUUGGACAGCAAGGGUGUUUUGGACAGAAAAGGUGUUUUUUUAUUUUGUAACAGCAAAUGGACAACAUGUUUUUGGGACAGCAAGUUCUAUACUAGUUUUUGGGACAGCAAGCGAUAAAUCGGCUGUUUGGAGAAUUGUUAACCAACAAAAAUACAACAAAAUUGGGCUUGAAGAUGGGUUGCAAAGUGGAGUGCAUUAG